UUUAUCCUUUUGAAAAGUUAAAUAACAUGGAGGAAUUUGGUUUUUUCGUAUACAUGUCUUAGAAAGGAACAUCUUUGCCGAUUUGGAUUCCCCAAAACUUCUAUAAAAACGGUAAUAACAAAUGGCGGCCAAUGACCAUUUCGAAUCCUUCCACGAAACUACGAUUAGCCCGCAACAUGCCACAAUGGGUGAACCAAACAGGUGGAGGACCUCCGCCACCUCCUGUUCCUCCAGAAGAUAGUUCAUCUGUUAAUUUCAAAUCAUCAAAGUCAAAUAACAAGAAGAAUAAUUCCCGAAAUUAUGAAGAGCCAGAUUAUGAAGUGAUUGAUCUUAGUAAUCAAGCUCAGUACUUAAACACUCCUCCAUUGCCACAAAAAAGCGAAAACCAACUGGCAAAUGUAAAGGAUGGAAAACACUGCGAAUUGUGCGGAGCAUCAGCCCCAGGGAUUCACUGUGAACAAUGUGGACAGAUAUUUUGUUACUCUUGCGAUGACAUGUAUCAUCGACAUCCAAAGAGACAAACUCAUGUUCGCAGAUCUUUGGAAAUGCCCCGCCCCCAAAACUACCGUCCCCCUUUACCUCCAAAGGCAGAUACCACCAUUCCUUCCCCACCGGUGCCACCUCCUCGACGCCACCGACGUGCUGAGUCUGUAGGACCAUCUCCUUGCCCAAGCCCAACAUUUUCAAGGCAGAGUCAGGGUCCUCCUACCACUGCACGCAAAGACAGUAUAUUUUCGUUCAAAGACAAAAUGGGUAGUUUAAAACGUUUUAUGGGUGGCAGACCUCUUCCACCUGCACCUACUGUAUCAAAAUAUCCUUCAUCUCCCAAUUCAGACCAGUUUAGAACCGCUAGAAAUCCGUUGCUUCAAGAGAGAUAUCGUCAACAUCAGAACUUUAUGAGAGGCACAACUCCAAAUCUGCCAUCCACCGUAUCAAUGUCAGAGCAUUUUGAUCAGCCUCCAAGUAGAGAUAGUGGCUAUCCUGAUUGGGAAAGAGACUUGCGCUCCGGGAGUAUAUCAGGAUCUGAAAUGGGACGUCCAACACUUCAACGUAGAUUUAGCAACAUGUCAUCACCAACACCAUUACCUCAUAGCACGUCGGUAUUUGAUUUAAACUCAUGUCCACCACAUGGAAUGUUUACACCCAUGCAACAGGCGCAGUCAAUAGCACAGCUUGGUUGCCCAACAUGUCACCAAGGAAUGUGCAUGGAUAAAUGGAACCACCCUUGUGAAUUUCAACAAAACGGUUCAAACUUAAGUUUAAACAUGAUUCCCGGAGGGUAUCCCAUGAAUCCAAUGUGGAUGGGAACAUGGCAUGGACCCCCUCCGUCUGCUAUGAAUAUAUGGCCAUAUAGAAUGAAUAUGCCACCAUGUCACAUGCAUCAUGAGUCUUGCAAUCAAUCAAGACCCGCAUCACCAACUCACAGUGUUAAGUCACGUAAAUCAUACUUGAGUAGAGCAAGUCGCAGAAAACACAUUUCGCCUGACGAGUCAGAUAUUGAAAAUUCCGAUGACAGAAAAUCGAUUAGAAGCGAAAGAAAAUCUUUGAGUGGAAGACAUUUCGAACGUUCUAGACCUCUAAGAGAUCACGCUUCAGUUCCACGAGAUAUUCGUCGAAAAAGUACCGUUGACAGAAGCGAUAGAGCUUCAGUUGCAAGAAGUCAUCGAAGCAUAAGAGCAUCGUCCAGUGAAAGCGACGAAUAUCCUUCGGAAAGUCAAAAAGAAAGUGAAGAAUUAUUGGAAGAGGAUGAGGAAGAAAUGGCAAAUGCAAUGGACGAUUCUGAAAAAACAAAAAUUUCAUGUAAGGUACCCGAUGACAAAUGGGAAUGUGAGCAUUGCACUUUUGUCAAUGAAGCUGGUACAAGGGUUUGUCUGAUUUGUUGUAAAACACCUACGGCAAACGCCAAACUUAUUGAAAAUGCAAAAAAGAAAACUGGACGUGUUAUAGAAAAGAUACCACUACAAAAAAGCCCUUCGGCCCAAAUAAAGAUAAAGGAAUCGAAAAUCUUACAAAGAAGCAGAUCCAGUGAUGAUUAUAGUAAAUAUUGUAGUGAAACUGAAUCUGUUCUGAAUAAGUUUGGAAAAGAUUUGAACCUUUCCAACUCCGAAGGGAACAAUAAACUUACUACUAAUACAAACAGCCAAAAGAAAGACGUUUCGACAAGUGCAGAAAAAAUCGAAGAUUUAAACAUCGAAUCCGAUUCCGUUGUUCUGUCCAUCGGAACUACAUCAAGUAUUACUGACUUAAACACUAGUGAAGAGUACUUUUUAAAUGAUGAUGGUAGUAAACAAAAACGAAAAACUUCAAAAGACGCGACUACUAAAAAUAGUAAACGUUUGUUUAAAGAAAAACAGGCUAAAAAAUCAAAAGUUUCGUCAGACAAACAGAAAGAAUCAAGGGGAACAUCACCUCCUCCUCAGAGUAUCUCAACGCAAACUUACGACGUUAUUGAACCUUUAGAACAAAGAAGUGUAUCGAGAUCUUCAAGAGGAAGACUAAGAACAUCUAGUAGAAAUAGUCGACGACCAGAUCUCCUUCGAUCACAAUCCUUGCAUGAAUCAGUAGCUACAGAUGCUGAUUAUGAAUCUACAAUGUCAUUCAGCAGAUUGUCCUUUUCCACAGGAUCACAGAGUUUACCUGGCUCCCCAGUAAGGGAUCAGAGUCCUUUCGGAUAUGACACCCCAGUUCAACAAAAGUUUCCAUUGCCGAGAUCUAGCAGGACAAACAGUGUGGAUUUAGAUAAAGCAGUCUAUUCAAAACGUAGAGCAAGUCAACCAGAUUUUCGUUAUAAAGAUUUUAGGAGCGAAUACCCUGGUCAACGAUUAAUGAGAUACGACAAUCCACAUGGACUUGUUGAAAACGCUGAACACUUUAACCGAUUAAUUGAUAUACCCUACCAGAAACAUGAUACACUCAAAAAUCAAGGCCUUGAACUAGUGAAGCUUUUGAGGGAAGCUGAACAUUUCAAAUAUACUGCGGAUGAGGUUCAAGCCGCAUUAAUCCAUUGUGGUAAUCAGAAUCCUAUCGAUUGGUUGCGACAGCACUGGACUGCCACUGUAGCGAGUGUUCAGACGAUGUCCACCCAAGUUGGUCGUGAAGGUCCCAUUAACAUAAUUGGGACCGUUUCUGAGAAAGAAGCCAGGGAUGCUCUCUGUCGCCACAAGGGCAACGUUUGGGCAGCCGUCACGGAAUGUGUAGAACAAAGACAAAGAAAAUAUGCUGAACUUGCCUCUAGAGGUGAUUUCAGUAGGGAAGAUAUUAUCACAGUGUUGACGGCACACCAUGGAGAUGUAGAAAUGGCUUUUUCGGAACUUAAUAAGACUCAGAUAAAACCGUUUUUAAUGCGAAUUUGGGGACCACCUGUUGGUACAGAUAACGAGGCGGGAAAUGAGGAGGUUACAUUUAAACAUAUUAGUGGGGAAGGGAAUAUAAAAACUGCUAAUAGUUUUGAAAGGGAUAAUUCAGAUAGCGUCAAAGCGGUGAGUGAUUCUAAUAACAAUCUAAAUCUUCAAGAUAACUCGAAACAGGAAGAAGAUAAAAUAUCGUUUUUUAAAUUAGAAAUAAAAAAAAUGGAUGGUGUGAAACCUCAGAAACUUAUUAUCAACAACAUACAAAGCAACAAAUUACAAGCUGAAGUGUGCUCGACUAAUAAUAACAAAGAAACUAAUUCAUCAAAUUAUCAAAACAUCCCUGAUCAAGAAAAUCGUCCAAAACAAAGUUCUGUACAAAUUAAUUUAAAAACAGAAUCAAAUGCAGAAAUAGACUCUUUAGAACAUAAAGACGAUGAAAUUAAACAUGUCUCAAAUUUGAUUAUUUACCCAGAACCUAACAAAGCCGAAAAAGACUUCCAACUUGUAAAGAAAAGCGAAAACUCUGCGGAAAAUACUGAACAGAGAAACGUGAGUGUCCUUUCAAACAAAAAUGAUAAUAAAGAUUCAAAAUUGAAACAAUCUGUUACAAUCAGGAGUACUAGCAGAGAAUCUGCAUCUUCAGAAACGGAUGUUAUAGAUAAUAAAAUAAUUGUAGAAAAGAGUAACACCGUAAUCCAUAUCAUAAACAACAGUAAUCAGCAAACUCCAGGCGAAGCUACAAAAAUUAUCACAAAAACAAUAGACACAAAUGAAAGCGAAAGCGUGACAACGACAUCAGAAAGUGAUCUAGAAUUUUUGGAUGCUUCUAAAGAUUUUGAAGACGAUUUUGAUCCACAAAGAAAAGAAAUAAUUAUCACAAACCCUAACGAAAGCCCAAAACUAUCAACGGAGAAUAUAGAAAAUAUUUCUACAGAAAAUAUAAGCGAAUUAAAUGUUACCCUGAAAAAAGAUUCUAAAAAUGUACCUUCACAUUCAAGUGAUAAUAAAUCAGACAAUUUUUUAAAUCAAGAUCUAAAUAAGUCGAGUAAAUUACCCUUAAAGGUACAGGCCACAGAUGAUUCCAGCAAAAAUAAAUUAAUCCGUAAUUCAUCAUUAAAAAGUAGCUUCAAAAAUACAGUUAAUAUAAAUUUGAAUUCCGGUGAUAUAGAACCAGAAAACGAAAGUAAAAAAGAUUGUGUAAAAGAAAGUUCUGCAAAUAGUGAAAAUAGGUCGAAUUUUUUUCUCCCAACCACGCCUAAAAUAGCCCCACCGAUUGAUGAUGAAUCAACUAAUUCAGAAGCAAAUUUUCCACCAGUAAUUCCAAGGCGAAAAACCCGUAAGAAAAAGAAGAAAAAUGCACAAUCUCUUUUUAAUUCUGUUCCUACACCAGCUCAACAAAAAGACAAUCAAAAAAAUUUUUCGAAAGACGAUUCAAAAGAAAUAGCAAUUAACAAUGAGAAAAAUAAAAAUACAAAAUCUGAAAAAAUGCCCUCUAAAAUAAUUACUCAAACUAAAAACACACAAAAUCAUACUUCAGAAGAGUUGAUAAAAGAAUUAAAAGUAUCUACAACAGUGCAAUUAGCACAAGGUGAACAAACUUCAAUCACGCUUCCACAAAUCCGUCCAUCCAAAAUACCAAUAUCCCGUCAGCGCUCUAUUUUAAGAAAUGAAAGAAAAUCACUAGAAAUGUCUCACACAGGUAGCAGAAUACCUAUUAAAUCCAGAACAUUUACCAAUGUGACAAAAAAUGCCGAAAGCACCAGUUUUCGUACCGCUGAUAACUCUAAACGGAAGAAUAAAGAGGUGGAACCAGAAGUUACCCAGUGUAUAUCUCCUGACAACGACAUGAGUCCUCAAAAGCAUGCAUUUGACGUGUCUGCUUACGAACACUCCACAAGUACAGAUGAAGAAAUCAUAAGUGAUGCUAGCAUUACGUCAGAGGAUGAUUUAGCAAAACAUCAAACCAAAGAUUCCGAAAAUAUAGCUAUAACAAUGAAAAAUACAGUUAACACAGUAAAAGAAAUUAAUAGGCAAUUGAACCUUACAAAUGCUUCAAAGAAAAUAAGUCUUUCUUCAACUAAAACAAGUUCUAUCGAUUCAAUUGGAAGUUGCACCCAAGUUUCGUAUACAAAAUCUUUGGAUAACGACAGCGAUUCUUCAGUAUCAGAUAGUAACGUCGAAGAACUGUUAUCAGAUAGUUCAGAUGGUUACAAUGAAUUUGAUGCUUUUGAUGAAGAAAUCGAUGAAAUCGGCAAUAAUUUCGAUUCAAAUGGGAAGAAGGAGAGCCUUUCAAGACUGAACGUGGAUGCCGCAAAUGAAGGGAGAAAUAUUUUCGAUAAGAAAAAGAACUUAUCGCCGUUAAUUGAAAAUGAGAACGAAGUUAAACAGAAAAAGAAACAUUAUUUUAUUGAGGAAACUUGCGAAACGGAUGAGUAUGAAGAAAUAGAAGAAGUGGAAGAGAUAGAAGUUGAUAAUGAAAAUACUGGAUCAAAUUCAGAAAGUAUCGAAUUUGAAGAGCAAAGUAAUAAUAAAUCUAGUAGCAUUAAUAACACAAUUUUUUUUGUAAGAGAACCAUCUGAAUUAGAAAUUUUAGAGAGACAAGCAAGGGGACUGUUGGCCGAAGGUCAGGUGGAAAACUAUGACCAGGCAGAGCUUGCAGUAAGCUUAAUGCGUCUGAAUUUUUCGUCGGAAGCGGCUUUAGAAGCUGUUAAAGAAUGCAAUACCCUGGAUGCUGCAGUUGCUUAUUUACAACAAGAUUGUGAACUCUGCACUGAGAAAUAUCCAAUGAGUCAGAUGGUCUCAAUGCUUAAAUGCACUCAUCGAUGCUGUGGAGACUGUGCUAAAAAUUACUUCACCAUUCAAGUAACCGAUAAGAACGUGAUGGAUCUUUCUUGUCCAUUUUGUAAACUCCCAAAUCUUGGCUCAUCUGAGACAACUGAAGAUGACAUAUCCGAUUAUUUUUCAAAUUUGGAUAUUCUUCUAAAAGGUAUUUUAGAUUGCGAAAUUCAUGAAUUGUUCCAAAGGAAAUUGCGGGAUAGGACCCUUAUGUUAGAUCCUAAUUUCCGAUGGUGUGUUCAGUGCUCAUCAGGAUUCAUAGCCAAUCCAAAGCAGAAAAGGCUCAUAUGCCCAGACUGCAAAUCUGUAACAUGUACUAAUUGUCGACGACCAUGGGAGAAACAACAUGAAGGCAUCUCAUGUGAAAAGUUUGCGGAAUGGAAAGAUGCUAACGAUCCAGAUAACCAAGCGACGGCCGUAGCUAAGCAUUUACAAGAAAACGGAAUUGAUUGUCCCAAGUGUAAAUUUAGGUAUUCAUUAGCUCGAGGAGGUUGUAUGCAUUUCACUUGUACCCAGUGCAAACAUGAAUUCUGUUAUGGCUGUGGAAAAACGUUUAUGAUGGGAGCAAAAUGUGGUGUUAGUACGUAUUGUGGAAAGUUAGGACUUCACGCUCAUCACCCAAGAAACUGUCUCUUUUAUCUUAGGGACAAAGAACCUCAAGAAUUACAACAUUUGUUAAAGGAACACCGAAUAUCUUUUGACACAGAAGUGCCAGGUGAUAAAGAAGAAAAUGCGACGGCAGUAUUAAAAUGUUCUGUUUCUUUACAAAAAGAAACUCCUGCAGGUUUAAUUGAUUCAGUGUGUAACAACGAAGUUUCGCCAGGGCAAGCAGGAUUAUGCAGGGCUCAUUACCUAGAAUACCUUUGCUCGUUAAUUAAGAAGAACAGUUUAGAUCCAAUAUCAAUUUUAUCAGCCGAUGAUUUAGAAACUGUAGUUCGUAGAGCAGCUAAAAAAUUGCCACCAAAUGCUUUCGGCACACCAAGAGAAGUUUAUCGUAAACGUCUUGCUCAGAUUGUUAUGGAACAAAUACCUCUUGAGUAAAAUUUCCCCAAUGGAUUCUAAUAGUUAUUUUAUAAGUUUUUUAUUUUUUUUCCAUGAAAAAUAAAUGCCCAUCUACUAUUGUAACCAAACAAUAAAUAUCACUUCAUUUUAAGUUCAUUAAGAUUAAUAUUGAUGUUAUAUUAAAUUAAUUGAUUCCAAGUUUGUAAUAUAAAGAUCCAUUAAAUAUUUGACUUUGUGUUUGAA